AUGAAUACAUUGAACUAUCUGGCCGAGCGGAACGAGUUCAGCAUCUACAAAAUCGAGCGUACGCUACCACUCACAGAUGACGAAAUAUGCAACGACUUCGAAACGAUGCUCAAGAGGAUCUCGGAAGAUGGCAAGAAGGCCAAACUAGCACUCUUCGACACAAUCACCUCUUUGCCUGCUGUCCGCAUGCCCUUCGAACGCCUGGCUCAGCUCUGUCGCGACCACGGCAUUCUCUCAUGCAUCGAUGGCGCCCGUUGCGUUGGUCAAUUACCUCUUAAUCUCUCUUACCUCAACCCAGACUUCUUCGUCAGCAACUGCCACAAAUGGCUCUAUACACCCCGUGCAUGCGCAGUGCUCUACAUACCACUCCAAAACCGACAAUUGAUACGGUCAACCCUACCCACAGGCUUCAACUUCCUGACUAAGGAACGAGCCACCCAGACCAAUAGUUUCGUGGCUAAUCUUGCAGCUGUGGCUACCUAUGAUGACACGCCAUAUCUGUGCAUUCCCGCAGCUUUGGCAUGGCGCAAGCGUAUCGUGUAUGGCAACAAGAUGGGCGAAGGAGCAAUCAUCAACUACAACAAAGAUCUCGCGAGACAAGGUGGUCAGCUGAUGGCAAACUUGCUAGGCACAGAAGUGUUGGAAAACAAAGAACUCACUCUAGGAGAUUGUGCCAUGACAAAUGUACGCUUACCCAUCAGUGGCGAGAAGUGCUCAAAUGCACUCGCAGAUUCGUUGAACAGGGUGAUGAACAUGGAUCACAAUAUCGCUGUCAAUGCNUACAAAAACGCUUUGUGGGUGCGAAUGAGCGCGCAGAUUUAUCUCCGCCUGGAGCAUUUCGAAGCUGCUGCAAGAGCGUUAGAGGAUGUGAUCUUAGGAUAUACUGAUGUUUGGAGCAUAUAUGAUGAUGUGAUAACAACAGAAUGGAAUGAGUUACAAUUAUCUGUGCCCUCGUGCAGCGGGAAGUGCGAGCAGCGGGAACCUUCUAAAGGUUUAAUGAGAUUUGGUACGUGA